AUGUGGUCGACCACAACAGCUUGUUUCAUCACAACAAAAUUCCACGUCCACAUGGUCAACAAGCUUAAAUCUCCACAGCUAAGGCUUCACUGUGCGUCUAAAGACGACGACCUGGGAUAUCAUAACAUGAAUGAAAACGAGGAUUUUACUUGGCAUUUCUGCGAUAGUUUUGUGUCCAAUACUCUCUUCUAUUGCACUGUUCAAUGGAAAAACAAGAGAGCAUCUUUCGACGCGUUUAGAUCGAAGAAGAGCGAUGAGUGUGCGGACGCUACAUGCUAUUAUGAAAUAUGGGAAGAUGGUAUUUAUUUCGCGGGAGGCAACAACCAGCGAAUAAUGCAGAAGAAGUAUGAUUGGAACAACUAG